GUCGGGGGCCAGGUGGGAUGUGGCGGCCUAGCUGGGGGUGAGGAAGAAACCGGCGGGACACCCACGGGUCGCACUUCGCAGUGGGAAGAGUGGUCCCGCCAUGAAGUCUUGUUGGCAAGACUACGGCCACCAUCACCCCUUACCCACCCGCCUUGUCGGAUCCCGUCCGUCUUCCUGCCCUGCUCAGCCCUGCAUUGCUGGGUUUAGCCUUUGGGGCAGGUCCCUCCAGGGGGAAAAGGACUGGUUUGUCUCCAACGGUCGACCUCAACUUGGUGCUUGCCAGGAGCUAUAUGGGUGAUACCUGGAGCUUUCAGAUGCCCCAGGCUCUCCGGGGCCCCCCUCGCUGAUCCUCAGUUCCGGUUAACUGUCCCCCCGGGGUCGGCAGAUCUCGGGGGCCCGGGCCGUCUAGUCCCUGCCCUCCUCCUGCACCCUUAAUGAUUCAAGAGACCAGAAUUUUCUAGUCUUCAUCCCUAGGAGACACAGGGUGAGUGUCCAGCAAAGAGCUUGGCCCCACGGUGGAGAGGUCGCAGGCAGGGUCCUCGUUUGCGGGACACCCAGUAAGGACUGGAAGGCUGGAGAGCUGGUUUUGUGGGUCCCAGCGGCCCCGCCCCAGUUCUGAUUCAGAAAGCAAGUCUGGCCGCCCACAUACGUGGAGGUGCCGGGCAGCGUCUCUCCGGAGCCCAUCCUGUUCUCUCCCUCGUCAGAGGACCAUGACUCAGGUUGAGGUGUCCACUGCCUCCACGGGGAUUGAGGUCAGACAGCAGGAAGAACCUAGAGCGUGUCUCCAGCCCGGCUGUCCGCGGGAGUCCUGUCCUGGACCCAGGCUCUUUCCCAGACUGCCACACGGAACCGCCUGUGCAUCUCCACCGCCCUAAGCGUGGUUGUGUUCACGCUGGUGGCAUCCUGGUCGGGGGAGAUGCUGUCCUUCGGAAGAAGGAUCGUCCUUCUCUCUGGUUCGGGGAAAAUGUGUCUGUGGCUACCUGAACUCUACAUGGCUACCUAACCUGAGUGCCUGCGCGUGAAGAAUCAGGCAGGCUUGGGCCACCGCCCUAUGAUCUCCUCCUUGGCACCCCCUAUGCCCGCCGGACUUCACAUCUGACCCCCGACCCGCCUGCCGCCUUGGGAGGCCCGCCCCCCGCCCCCCGCCUCCCUCCCCCACCGGCAAGAUGCCCAUCCUCAAGCAGCUGGUGUCGAGCUCGGUGCACUCCAAGCGCCGCUCCCGCGUGGACCUCACGGCCGAGAUGAUCAGCGCCCCCUUGGGCGACUUCCGGCACACCAUGCACGUGGGCCGGGCGGGGGACGCCUUCGGGGACACGUCCUUCCUCAACAGCAAGGCCGGCGAGCUGGACGGCGAGUCCCUGGAGGAGCAGGCCGCCUCCUCGUCCUCCAAACGCGGCCUCCUGUCCCGGAAGUUCCGGGGCAGCAAGCGGUCGCAGUCGGUGACCAGGGGGGACCGGGAGCAGAGGGACAUGCUGGGCUCCCUGCGGGACUCGGCUCUGUUCGUCAAGAACGCCAUGUCCCUGCCGCAACUGAACGAGAAGGAGGCCGCCGAGAAGGGCUCCGGCAAGCUGCCCAAGAGCCUGUCGUCCAGCCCCGUGAAGAAGGCGAGUGUCGGGGAGGGCGGCCAGGAGGAGGCGGGCGAGGGGGAGCUGGCGCCCCGGCGGAACGGGGCCACCGCGCUCCACUCCCCCGACCCCCUCCUCGACGAGCAGGCCUUCGGGGACCUGACGGAGCUGCCCGUGGUGCCCAAGGCCAGCCUGGGGCUCAAGCACGCCGAGUCGGUCAUGUCGUUCCACAUUGACCUGGGCCCCUCCAUGCUGGGUGACGUCCUCAGCAUCAUGGACAAGGAGGAGUGGGACCCCGAGGAGGAGGGCGGCGGUUACCGUGACGGGGACCCCGCAGGCAGCACCCUCCGGGCUCCCCCGGCCCUGGCAUCGGCGGCCCCUCCGCGGGCAAGGCAGCAAGAAGGCGCGUCGGGCCGGGACCCGCCCCAGGACGAGGGCUGGGCGGCGGCCCCCAGCCCCGGCUCGGCCCACAGCGAGGGCAGCCACACCACGCGGGACAGCAGCUCCCUGUCCAGCUGCACCUCGGGCAUCCUGGAGGAGCGCAGCCCCGCCUCGCGGGGGCCCGACAGGGCCCGGGCCGCGCUGCCCCGGCCGCAGGACAAGGAGUUCUCCUUCAUGGACGAGGAGGAGGAGGAUGAGAUCCGGGUGUGAGGGGCACCAGGCGGGAGGGGGGCUCCGUCUCCUCCCUGACCCCUCCCCCCCUCCAGGCCACCACCCCCUUCCCUUCCCUGUCCCCGUCCCAUCCUGUGCAAGGCAGCCAGGAGCCUGGCUUCCACCGCAGACCCUGGACGUCCCCCGUCCUGGACGUGGGGCGCCGGUGAGGCCGGGGCCCCAAUGGGGACACAGGGAGGUGGCGUGGGCACCCAGCUGCCUGGCGCACCCAGCCCUCCCGUGUGCUGCAGGCCGGACCGGGUGCUUGCGGCAGGAACCGGUUCUCCCUUCCCUCCAGCCCGGCCUCAGACGGUGACGCAUGUCAGCCAAGUCCCCGCCUCGUGGGGCAGCAGCGGCGGGUCAGUCCGGGAGCGGCCCCGGUGCCUCGGCCAAGGACGCUCGGCUCGCCUUUCCUCUCCUGGCGUUUCUGCUGUGACUGGUGGCCGUGUGGCAGGAGGAAAGGUGGUCCCACGCCCCGGCCCCCCCGCUCCCGGCUCCUGCACCGUGAGCCUGGAGCCCCUUGGAGCAAAGCCGGACCGAAUGUGUGCACUAAACGCGGCCCCUUCCAGGGGGGAGAACAGGAUGGGGAACGAAAGAAAGGAGGCCCCAGGCUUCCUGAAUUUUCUAAAAGGGGCCUUUCCAGGAUGACACUAGGAACAGGCUGGGCACUCGCUCGGCCCCUAUCGAUCUGUUUGUUCUCCUGUCCUGUUUAAAUCCUUCCAGAGCAUAUCUGGAACAGUGUUAACAGCUCUGCUACCAGAUGGAAGAUCAAAUCCUUUUAGAAAACCUUUAUACUAAGUGCUUCCAGACUUUAUUUAGAACUGUAUGGGGUGGGUGUCCGUGCGUGUGUGUCCUUCCCCGCCCGCCCCCCACCCCAUGGCUAUUAACAGUUGAAGGCAGCCAGUGUAGAAAUUUUCUGGAAAAGGAUUUUUUAAAAAAUUAAUAUAUCAUUUCUUGGAGGGCUAGAAGCUUUUUUGACUGAGUUACUCCCCCCCCCCCCAGCCCCACCCCCCCACCCACCCACACACACACACACACUGACCACUUCCCCUUCCUUCUUUAGGCCUUUCUGCCAGCCCACUUCUGAGGCCCCUAAGGGUAGAGGGUUGCCAGAUUUAG